UCUCUACCUCCCUUCCCAAGUACAGAGGUUUAAGACCUGGAGGAGGAGACAGAGACACAGGAAGGAUCAUCAGUGGGGCAGAGACAACAGAGAGGGAUGCCAGCUGUCAACCUUCGGGUUUGCCUGCACCUUAGUUCAUGGGCACCGACCACUUACCUCCAGGGGAUGAGGGAAGGUGCAAGUUUUGCAGCACGUGUACAGAGGUUUCCCAACUUUAAAGAGUCCCUCACACCAGCCUGCACAAACCUGCCCUAACGCUGCUUACUCCGCCCCAUGGGCGUGACCACCACCUGCUAUUAAAGCUGAAAGCACCUCUGCACUCUCUAGAGCUGCAGACUCCUGGAUCUCCCUUCCUCUCUUAUCCUUCACCUUCCUCCACCUCUACCAGAGCCAUCAUGUCGUCUGCUCGGCCCGCCACUGUGCUGGGUGCCAUGGAGAUGGGGCGCCGCAUGGAUCAGACCUCCAGCGCCGCUUCAGUGCAAGCUUUCCUGAAGCGCGGCCACACCGAGAUCGACACCGCCUUCGUGUACGCGGAAGGCCAGUCAGAGACAAUCCUGGGCGGCCUAGGGCUCGGGCUGGGCCGCAGUGGCUGCAAAGUGAAAAUUGCAACCAAGGCUUGUCCAAUAUUUGGGAAGACACUGAAGCCUGAUGAUGUCCGGUUCCAGCUGGAGACGUCAUUGAAGCGGCUGCAGUGUUCCCGGGUGGACCUCUUCUACCUACACAUGCCAGACCACAACACCCCUAUAGAGGAGACACUGCAGGUCUGUCACCAGCUGCAUCAGGAGGGCAAGUUUGUGGAGCUUGGCCUGUCCAACUAUGUCUCCUGGGAAGUGGCUGAGAUCUGUACCCUCUGCAAGAAAAAUGGCUGGAUCAUGCCAACUGUGUACCAGGGCAUGUACAAUGCCACCACCCGGCAGGUGGAGAAGGAGCUCUUCCCCUGUCUCAGACACUUUGGAUUGAGAUUCUACGCCUUCAACCCUUUGGCUGGUGGCCUGUUGACAGGCAGAUAUAAAUACCAGGACAAGGAUGGAAAGCAGCCUGAGAGCCGCUUCUUUGGGGGUCAGGUUUCUCAGCUUUACAGAGACCGGUACUGGAAGGAGGAACACUUCAAGGGCAUCGCUCUGGUGGAGAAGGCUCUGAAAUCCAGCUAUGGCACCAGCACCCCUAGUAUGACCUCGGCCGCCCUGCGGUGGAUGUACCACCACUCACAGCUCAAGGGCACCCAUGGGGAUGGAGUCAUUCUGGGCAUGUCCAGUCUGGAACAAUUGGAGCAGAACUUGGCCUGUGUUGAAGAAGGGCCCCUGGAGCCGGCUGUCGUGGAGGCCUUUGACCAAGCCUGGGACCUGGUUGCUCAUGACUGUCCCAACUACUUCCACUGGCUCUAACAUGGGGAGGUGUAGAGGUCCACUGCCUGUCACUCUGUGUUCUAGCCUGGCUAGUCUGGGCUGUGAGCUAGGUCAGCUGCUCUUUCCCUCCUCAUCCAGAUCUCUGAUGGUUUUUAUUUUGUUUUGUUUCUUUCUAUUGCCUUGCUCCACACCCAGUUGUCUUCAGUGUGAGAGCUGCCUGAGCUCUCCCCACCACCUCCUGUUGAAUAAAACCUGCCAAGGCUGUAGCUCAGGCUGCAGCAGACAUGGCCUUAUUCUCAUGAAA